UAUCAAACCCAAAGGUACGUAGUACCAGUUCGAAACGGACACAAUGCAAGGCCGGUAUGAAACUUAAAAAAAUUUAUGAUGAUGCAAAAGAGACAGUUAUAUCAGUGCGUAUUGAUCUGUUGCACUUGGAUCAUAAUCAUGAAUUUUUUAAAAAGGAUACCGAAAAGAAUCAAUUACAAUGCAACAAGACGCAUGAUCCUGAAUACAUGGAGUUCAUAAGUUCAAUGCAAGAGAGUCGAAUCCCGCAACAUUGUAUUAUGGAUUAUGUAUCAGAAAUGCACGGUGGUCCUGAGAGUGUGCCUGUAACAGCACAGGACAUGUAUAACCUGAAAAAGGCAAAGCAACGAGAAAGAAAUGCAAAUGAUGUGGCAAAGCUACUAUCCUUUUUUGCAUCCUGCAAAAAGGAUAAUCCACAAUUUUUCUCUGACUUCCAAUUGGAUAAAGAAGGCAAGAUUUUAAGCAUAUUUUGGUCACAUGCAAGCCAGCAAGGGGAUUACAUUGAUUUUGGUGAUGCGGUUACAUUUGACACAACACAUAAGACUAAUCUGUAUGAAAAACCACUAGGUAUGUUUGUUGGUUCAAAUCACCACCUACAUUGCACUAUAUUUGCUUUCGCAUUGUUGGGGGAUGAAACUGUUGAUACAUUUGAAUGGGUAUUCAACGCCUUCAAAACAUGCAUGGGAACCAAAGGGCCACGAGUGAUGCUGACAGAUCAAGAUCUUGCAAUGCCAGUAGCCCUCGAGAGGGGUCAAAAGGAAACGAACACGCUAUACAUGUUUGAGAUAAGGGUUGCAAGAGCAUACACAAGGGCUGUGAUGUGUAGAUUCCAGGAAUCUUUGAAAUAUGCAACCGCAUUCAAGAUAAUGCACGACGAAGAAGGGGGUGCAAAUGAUUGGGUAGUGCAACAUACAACUAGAUCGAAUAAAAUUGUUUGGGGACAACACCAAUUCAAAGUCACAGCUGAUGAAGAUGCAGGAAAGUAUACUUGUGAAUGCAAACAUUGGGAACAUACAGGGCUAUUCUGUGUACAUGUACUACGCGCGUUUAUGCAUCUUCAGAUUGACCGGAUACCGAAAGAAUAUAUUUUACAAAGAUACACCACCUCUGCAAGGCAAGAUGUUCCGUUUUCAAGAGAUGAUAGGAAUUUGAAGGGGAAGGAUGGAGAAACUAAGUCAUAUAGACAGAAGAUGUUGCUUAAAAAGGCAAUGAAAGUAGUGCAUCAUGCUAGUUUAUCCAAAGCAGGAAAUGAUAGAGCCCUAACAGUAAUGGAUGAGCUUCUCGAAGUACUUUCGCGUUUGGAAACAGAUAUAGACGUUGAGGAAACUUGUGGAACUAGUGGAGGAGAUGGUAUACAGGACGAUGAUGAAGCCAAUAGAGACAACGAAAAGGAUGAUGAAUUUGACGAAAGGAAUAACAAGGAAAUUCAAGACGUAUCUAUUAUACUUGAACAAGGUGUGGCCAAUGAUCAAAUACAUAUACCAGUACGUCCAUUAGAAGAGGUUAAUUUGCAUGAUCACGCAAUAAUGAAUGUUAGUGGUGUCAGUGAACAAAAUGAUAAUGCCAGAAAGAAACUGGAAUUUGCAGUCGAUGGGAUAAGCUUGGCAAGACCAAAUAACUCAAGACCCAAAGGAAGAACAAUAAAGGGGAGUGAAGAAAGGGUUAUUAAAUUGGGAGCAAAAGGUACAAAGAAAAUGACCAGGAAAUGUCAGAAGUGUGGAAUUGCUGAUGGUCACAACAGUAGGACAUGUUUGUCAAUGGAGGAAAAUAGACAAAGGUUGGCAAGCCUUGCUGGACGUAAGAGAGGACGACCUCCAGGAUCUAGGAACAAGGGUGGCAGUAAAGCUCCUGAUUGGAAUGAGACAACAACAUCUAAAAAACACGCAAAUGAGUUCGAUAGUAGUGAGUCAGACAGUGAUUAG